UAUAGGGUUUAAUAGUCACGUGGUCUGUGGUCAUGCGACCUGUUUGAUUCGGCGCGCGUCUUUUGUCUGUUUGUAAUCGGAAAGUGUGAACUUCAAUGUUUGUGAGUUUGUAAAAUGCUUGAAUCGCCGCUUACAUCGUCAGAUGGAGAGCUUUUUGAGGUUGAAAAGAUCCUUGACCGCAGAGUGCAGCGAGGUAAGGUUGAAUACCUCGUGCGAUGGAAGGGUUAUGGUCCAGCCGACGAUACAUGGGAACCAUCAAAGAAUCUUAAAGGCUGCAAAGAGUUAAUAGAUAACUUCCUGAAUUCUGCUACAUCAACAAAAAGUAGAAGGAGAAGUGGUAUCGUCAAGGCCAAACCUGUGGAGGAAUUCACCAAAUUAAAGCUUCCAAGCAGACGUCGGGAGACCAAAGUUCUGCAUCUGAAAACACCUCCACCAGUUUCCCCUGUAAAAGUACAAGAAGCUCCAGCAGAAGAGAAACCUAAAGACAAAUCUGCAACUGAGGAAUCUUUACCCUCUACUUCUUCACUUCACGCAUUCAGCCCAAGGAAAUUCUUUUUAAUAGCUGCAAUGUUUGGUUUUGUAGUCUUGUUUUUUAUCUCUUUGCUCCCGUCAGUAAAAGUAUUGUAAAUAGUAGGGGUUGUUUUUGUCUUGUGCAGAGUUCUAUUUGUGAUUCUCUGAGCACCUAUCAAGAGACAUGAAAUAACCCAUUGUAUUUUUUAGAAAAAAGGAUGCCUAACUGAGUGUAGUAAUUAUACUUUUUUUGCUAGUAUUGGUAUUUACUUGAUUUUUUAGUGCAAAAAUUAGUUGUGCUGCAGGAUAUUGCCAUUUCGUUUGGUCAUACAUGAACCUGCAUCAAACAAUUCCCUAAUAGUUAUCUCAUAUAGUGGUACCGCUGUUAGUUGGACACCCUAACCCAAGCUUCCACCAUCAAAGUUGGAAACUUGGAGGAAUACUUGAAUGAAUACUGCUAACUGUUUAUUAUAAGUGUCACUUCAUUUACAGUAAAUCUUGUUGACUCAUUUUUGAUGGCUGACUGCAUUUUUUAUCCACACUGAUAACCAAGGGGUUUGCAGAGGAACUCAUGAAGUUUAAUUUCCAGAGGAAUAAAUACCAUGAAUACCAAAUUUUCAGGGUGUACAAUAGGUUGUGUAUCAAGAUGGGAAACAGAGUACACCACUUCUAUUUUAGAGGUUGUGUCAUGGUGCAUCUAAGGAAAAGGGGUCAUUUAUUUACAUGUUCCUAAUAUAUCCUCCCACUGUUGUGGAUUAAAAGUGCAGCCAGGUUGGCAGUAAAGGUCUUCAUAUAUUAUGUAUUCAUAUAUUCCUUUUUAAAAUUUCCAUGAAACACAGUUUUUUUUAUUCAGUCACUUGUAUAAAGUUUACAUACAUGUAUCAUGAGCUCUCAAACAUUUUAUGAUUUGUACCAGUUGUAAAUAAUCGCUUUGGAAUAACAUGGGCUGGUACCAUUGUAUUCAUCUGUAGUUACAUAUUAAACGGAUGAUCAUUUCA